UCAGAGAAGUCCAAAACACCUGAAUGAUUUCACCGUAAACAGUUUUGCAGGACUCGUAGACUUUUUUUAACCCUCUCCUCUGAGCGAUGGAAAACAGGAUCCGACCCCUUGGUCUGACCGAUCAUACCUCCGGCCCGCUCGGUAGCCUGCCGGUACCCCCUUCCCUUCUGCGUCCUCCGCCUCUCUUCCUCCAGGCUUGCAACCCCACGCUGGAGAGGGGAUAUCCCCGAACCCCGAAGUGUGCCAGGUGCAGGAACCACGGCGUGGUCUCUGCGCUCAAAGGCCACAAGCGCUUUUGUCGCUGGAGAGACUGCGUGUGCGCAAAGUGCACACUGAUUGCAGAGAGGCAGCGGGUGAUGGCCGCGCAGGUUGCGUUGAGGAGGCAGCAGGCUCAGGAAGAGAGCGAGGCCCGGGAUCUUCGGCUCUUGUACCCCUGCACUGGGAUCGGAGGGGAAGCAGGGAUCCCUCAGAGAUCGUCCAUUAGCGCCGGGGUACCCGUAUCUGCCAGCAGUACUCCGGCAGCUCCCUGUUUCGAUGUUUUUGGGAGUGAGAAUCAGAAAGACGGUGAGUUGAAAUUUACAGUUUCAGAGGACAAAUUAAGCAAAUACAACUUUUACAACGGAUUCAUGGGCCGACCUCUGUUUGCACCCCAUUCUCCACGGCUGCCCUCUCAAAGUGACAAGAAAGAGCUGUCUCCCAGCAAGGACAGCGGCGGAAGUCAAUCCCCUGCGACGGACCACCGCUCAGACCAUACAGAGAGCCCACAGAGGUCACUUCCCUCCUCGGAUCCAGAGUCGGGGAGCGAGUCGGAGAAGCCCAAUGAGUAUCUGAGCCCGGACCGUGACCCCACCGACAUCAUGGCUAAGAUCUUCCCCCAUCAGAAACGGGACACUCUGGAGUCUAUGGUGAGAACGUGCAAAGGUGACAUUGUCAAAUCCAUUGAGCUGGCGUUGAACUCCAAAGAGAACAAAAUUGACGCUGACAGCGCGCGCAGGCCUUCUGUGGGACUGCCCGGAGGGCUCGGUGCUCUGGGGGCCAAGUCUGCUUUCUCCCCGCUGCACAUACCCGCAUCCCCAGGAGUAGACAGCCUGUACGGCCUCAGCCCUCGCCUGGGCGUCAGCCCCCUGCGGCUGGCCUAUCCCUCCGCUAACGGCGGCAUGGCAGGCUUCAUGUCUCCAUACAUGACAUCAGGACUGAUGCCAGUGUUCCCACUGCGUCCACCCUUGGACUCUUAUUCCCUCCCCGGCAUGAUCCGAGACCUGUCUUACAUCCAAAGCAAGGAGUCUCUAUGCAAUGCAGGCCUGUACACACGGCUAAACAGCGAGACUAAAUAA